AUGUGGGCAUAUAAGUUCUAUGAUCCAGCUAAUCCCAUAGUUACUCAGAAUUUUGUGGGAUGUCUUUUGCUGUACUAUGGAACUAUAUUGGUUUUAAUGUAUGUUUGGGAUAUUUAUAGGAAUUAUGGAUUACCGAAGCGGAAGCAUAGAGUAUCAGGCGAUCAACAAGGAUACAAAGUAUCAAGAAUUGGUUUUCUUUUAAAAAUUAUAGUUAUUUUAUCUAGUUUACCAUCCUUUAUAUUAUUAAUUAUCCACACCUUUGAUACAGCAGGUUGUAGCCGUCAAAAUUUAACACUUUACUGGGAUAUAAGGGCUCCCAUAUUUAUUAUACUAUGGGUUCUUUCAUUUACUACAUGUAUUAUUUACCGUAUUUUAGAAUCCUUGAUUGAAUCCUUUUUCUUAAUACCCUGCGAUCUAGAAGAGGCUGAAUUUGUAAAUAUUUGGAGUUCAGCUACAUUUAACUCAGGUAUUUCAUUUAAUAAUAAGAAGAAAUCAGCUUUAUUUGAAAAAGCCAUAUCUUUAAUUUUAACUCCAUUUUCAAAACUUCGAUCUCUGCUUAAUAAUGAAUUUGACGGCUUGUAUGUAUAUACAGUUAAAGUUUAUAGGAGUAGUUCAGAUGGGAUUAAUAAUAGAAAUAUAAAGGCCCACUUUGAAUUAUUUUGUACAAGAUACUGGUACUCCAAAGAAUUGGGCAUGUAUACAAAUCUGGGAGCAAAUGAUUGUAGUGAGACAAAUGAGAAACAAUAUGAUACAAUUGGAUCUUUGGGUAAUGAGAUAUAUUCUGUGAAAAAAGUUUUGAAUCUUGACCAAUUUAAAGUGAAAGUUAGAUCUGGUGAAAUAUCUUUGAACGGGUUAUCAAGUGAGUGUGUAGAUGAAUUGAGGCAGAUUCAUGGGUUUAACAAUAUUCCUGUACAAUUACCAUCACUUCUUUAUAGUUUAGUAAAGGAAAUUACAAAUCCUCUGACUGUAUUUCAACUUUUAAUAGUUGCAUCAUUUGCUUUUCAAGGGUUUGUUUUGUAUCCAGUAAAGUGGGUACCUAUGAUGAUUUUAAGUAUAAUAGCUAGUAUCAGAACUCAUCUGAAGAGUACAAUAAAUAUUCAAAAACUUGCAGAUAUGAAUGGAUCCGAGGAGGUGACUUUAAUUAGAGAUGGACAAUUACAGAAAGUUAAUAGCGUGGAUUUGGUUCCAGGUGAUGUUGUAAAUAUAUAUGAAGGUAUGGAUAUCCCUUGUGAUAUGAUGCUGAUAUGUGGAUCGGCAGUUGUCAAUGAGUCCAUGCUAACUGGGGAAUCUGCAGAAAUUGUAAAGUUCCCUGUGACAGAAUAUGAAAACGAUGAUAUAUCUCCUGAUGAUGGAAUUUUUUCGGGAAAGAAAUUUUUCUUAUAUGCUGGAACAAAUGUUACAGGUAUAUGUAGUAAUACUGGUUUAAAUAAUACACUAUACUACUUAAAUAAAUCAACAUCCCAAACUUCUACAACAAGAUCUACAGAUUCAUCCUUAUAUUCUCAUAGUUUGGAUUUUUCGGAUGCUUUUAUUUCUAAUCCAGAACUUCCUACAGGAUCAUUGGCUAUUACAGUUAGUACAGCAGAUACCUUAAACCCUGAUCCUAUAUGCUGUGUAGCGCUAGUGGUUAGAACAGGUGUUAGUACAUUAAGAGGACGUAUUAUACGCUCUAUUCUACAUCCCAGUAAAUUUAUGUUUGCAUUUUAUGAUCAAAUUCCAAUUAUCUGGUUAGUGGCAACUACAAUAGUUACUAUAAUAAUAUUUAAUCAAGGUCAAUUAUACAACUGGCACUGGUUAACUUUCUUCUUUUCUCUAGGAUGUAUCAACGUAGUAUAUCCUUUGUAUCUAACUGUACUCUGUACUUUGAGCCAAAAUAUCUCAGCCUGGAGACUUAAGAAAAACAAUAUUAAUGUCUUAGUCCCCACAAGAUUAAUGAUAGCUGGGAAACUUCGUAUAGUAUGUUUUGAUAAAACUGGUACCUUAACGAGUGAACAUUUGGAGUUUGUUGGAAUUCAUCCUUUUGAAUUAGUAGAAAAUAGCAGAGAUAGCAAAGAGAAGUGUACAUAUUGGUGUAAUUUAGAGUCAUAUCCACUAAGAUCAAAUUGUUACAAUUUCAGCUUUAGAAUAUCUUCUAAAGUGUUGGAUAUUUCUGAAAUUAAAGAAAAUUACUUAGGCUUUUUAAUAGCAAUGAGUAGUUGUACAUCUUUAAGUCAUGGAAGAUCCAAUUUUGGAAUUGCAAAAGAUAUAGUAAAUAAUCCAGAGGAAUACUACAAACAUCUUAAUGGAAACGAUACAGACAAAGCUCUCUUCUCUGUGACUUCUAGCUACUUUGAAAGGAAUUCAGUGAGCCAACAAGUAUAUGUAAAUCUUUACCAAAGCAUGGAAAAGAUAAGUGAAAUUAUAGAUUAUAAAGAUCAAUUUAUGUUCAAUUUGAGCAGUAAUGGUGAUGAAGAUAGCAAUAAUUCGGUAAGCUUGUGUACGAUGUCAAUGUCGUUGGAGAUCCUCAGAGUAUUUCCAUUUGAUUAUAAUAGACGGCUUAUGAGUGUGAUAGUACACUGUAAAAGUACAAAUAAUUUUUACUUGUUUAGUAAGGGAGCACCAGAAGCUAUGCAAAAGCUUUACGAUUGUGAAUUUGAAGAGUCAUACAAAGAAGAUCUAGAGUCGCUAUCCUUGAAAGGUUAUUACUUAAUUUCAAUGGGAUUUAAGAAGAUUGAGUAUCAAUAUGUCUCUUCUUACUUGACAUAUCAUAGGAAUGAAGUAGAAAAUAAAUUAAUACCAAUGGGAAUAUUGUUAUUUGAUAAUAAAAUAAGACCUGAAGCUCAUCAAAUUUUAAACUCCCUAGUUAACUCUGACAUAUUACCAAUAAUGAUUACUGGAGAUUCUGCAUAUACAAGUAUAAAUGUAGCAAGAAAAUUAGAUAUAUUAAGAGCUAAGGAUACAGAAAUUGCAAUAUCUGAAUUGGAUGAAAAUAACCUUGUUUCAUGGAGAUGUAUUGGAACAGGAGAUUUAAUUCAAAAUAACUAUAUUUAUAGUGCAGAAUCUAUGGAAACUUUUAAAGACUUAGUACUAACUGGGGAAUGCUUUGAAAGGCUUCUAGAAGAACAUAAGUACAAGCAAAUACAAGAAAUUUCAACUUGCAUUAGGUUGGAUAAGUGUGAAAAUUCUGAUACAGAAUUUGAAGAAGUCCAAACAUUCUUAUACGGUAAAAAGAGCCCACUAGAAUCUAUUUUAAAUAGAGUCUCAAUUUAUGCUAGAAUGUGCCCCACUGACAAAGUUAAUAUUGUCAAUUUCUUUAUGAAUAAAGGUAUAGUAACAGGAAUGGUUGGUGAUGGUGGAAAUGACUGUGGAGCUUUAAGAAUAGCUCACAUUGGACUUUCUUUUUCUCGAGGAGAUGCUUCCCUUGUUGCACCAUUUAACUCCUCUAAUUGUGACUUAAAUUCAGUAUUAAGUAUAACUCGAGAAGGUCGUAAUAAUUUAGCAAUUGCUAUGUCUGCAUUACAAUUUCCUUUAGUUUAUGGUAUAUUAGUAUCUUUAGUGGAUGUUUUGCUUGUUCACUUUGCAUUUGCUUCUAAUUCAGAUCUUUGCAGCUCUUAUACAUCAUUUUUUAUUCAUACAUCCUUGCUAAUUGGUAUCUUAUUCUCUUCUCCUGCUGAGAAGUUGGUUGCUGCACGACCUUCAGGAAGUAUUGCAAAUAUUCGGAUUCUCUUGUCUUUCUUAUUGCCAAUGGUAUCAUACUUGCUUGGAUACUUAUUCAUGAUGUAUAGAUUGAGUAUACAACCCUGGUUUAAAUCAUCGAAAUCAUUUAAUUUAAGGCAACCUACUCAGAACUGGUUCUUUAGAGUUGAUAAUAUAGAGGCCAGCUCUUCUUGGAUAUUUAAAUCUUUUCAGAUUGCUGGUAUUGCUAUUGGUUAUACAAUUGGAGGACAGUUUAGGAAACCAUUCUAUAAGAAUAUAGUUUUUAUGAUACCCUUGAUCUUUAAUGUCAUCUUAUUUGCAAUUUUAGUACUAACUGGUCCAAAUACUUUAACAUGUUGUUUUAGAAUUAAUUGCAAUGUUGAAUAUGCUAAAAAAGCUUCUUUAGAGAUAUUUGGUUACAAGAUUAUUGGUCCCUCUUCUAUUCCAUUUACAGGACCAAAUGGAUCUAAUAUUAUGCCAUUCUCCUGGAGAAUAGAAUUACUUACUAUCUGUCUUGUAACUAUAAUCAUUACAAAUAUUACCUUCUUACUUGUAACAAGACACAAUGAAAAGUUCUCUACCUCCAAAUUAAGAAACUUUUAG